AUGCAAUUUGCUACCAACCUUGUGAGUUUUUUUUCGCGAUGAUGGUGUGAAUUUCCACUUUAUUUUCAGCCUUAUCCCUCGGAAAUCAAUUUUUGGAAUCAAAAAGUCGAGCCUAAACGCGUUACAAAUCGACCCACUAAAAGGACAACUUUCACACCCGAUCAGGUAUUCUUUAUAAAUAAAAUAUAUUUUGUUUUAUGUUUUAUGUUUUAUUUUUCAGGUUACCUUACUUGAAAUGGAAUUUGCAAAAAAUGAAUAUAUUUGCAAAGAUCGAAGAAGCGAUUUAGCAAAAAUAAUUGACCUUUCGGAAUGUCAAGUUAAAACUUGGUUUCAGAAUAGAAGAACAAAGAAAAGAAGGUAUCAAAUUAGAUCUUGACCACACACGUUUUACUGUAAUUUUAGAUGUCAAACUCCGAUUUCGAAAAAAGAGCAAAAACAAUUGGAAAAACAAGCGCAACAUUCGUCUUCUAAUAUUCCCAAUCAAAAUCUUCAAUUUUACAUGUCACAAUGGAUUCAACCGCCUCAUCAUCAACAACAAUAA